AUGCGCACUACACACACACACAUCACCACCAAAAACGGGCACAGACAGGUGCAAUGUAUUUCUGCUCCCCUGCACACUUUGAAACUUUCAGAAGACCCCGACCACCGAAAUGCCAACCGCCGGGGCCAAAAAAAAGGCGAAAAAGGCGGCGGAAGACCCGUUGUCCUCGUCGGGAGUCUCGUCGCUCUCCGGCAUCUCCUCCUACAACAUUCGCAAGAUUUCCGUCUACAAAAACGGCGAUCGCUUCCAUCGCGGCGUCAAGGUACCGUACUAUGCUCCUACCGUAAUCCUGUCUAACCCGUUUUUUGUUCAGUUUGUGAUAAAUCCUCGAAUUAUCAAAGAGAUGGAGCCGCUGCUCAAUCAAAUCAACGAUCGGAUCGAGCUUUCGCACGGCGCCAAAAAGUUGUACACGACUGAUGGAAAAGUGAUCAGUUCGAUCAAAGAGUUGGAGGACGGAAAGGUAAGAGAGAGAGAGGGACUAACUUUCGCCGGGAGAAAGUUAGGCCAUCACCGAAUCUACACGCCUCUAGAUACCUUUUAAACUAUGUAUCAAUGGUUUUGGACAGAAUUGAACUCUUUGCACUCGGUUACAAAACGUCCGCAGAUUGAUUUUUCAGAUCUACAUCGCCGCGUCGGCCCAAUUCAUUCCGAUGCGUUACGGCGAGAUCACCGAACGUGUGUGGAAGCCGCCGAGCCGCAAGCACAGUCCGAUAAUGAGUGCGGAUCGCAUCAAAACCGCCCGCACACGGAGCCAGGAUCCGGGAAAACGUGGACAGCAGCAGGCGGCGGGACAAGGAUCGGCGGUGCAGAGAAGCCGAUCGGUGCGCACUUUGCACGAGGAUCGCAAGUCGAAGGCGGCAGUAAAUGGCGCCGCUGGUUCUGUCGCCACAUCGAGAGCCGCCAGAGCUCCUCCGGCUCCCGCGAAGAAGCAGGAGACUCCGAUAUUGUCGAGACCCAAGGCGCCGGUCCCAAAGAUCACACCGAAGAAGUUGACGCCGACUGUGACCAGCAAGAAACCGCCAACUCCCAAAAAAAGAGUAGGAGUGGCGAAGAAAGCGAUCGGAGCAGGAGAACCGGCCAAGAAAGCGAAACCGGCGACCCCGAAACCGAUCCCGACCGCGUUUUCGGACGUCUCGACGGCGUCGUCGGUCAUGCCACAGCCGAACAUUGAAUCGAACGCCGCCGAGAUUCUCGAGUUCCCCGAAGAGGCGAAGAAAGUCGACGUGGCAACGAUCCACAGAACUCCGACGCCUUCGAAGGGACCGUCGAGGAGCGCGUCGGCAAAGUCGCCGAAAGCUCCGGCCACUCCGGCACCAGUCAGCGAGGCUAAAAGUGUAUCGCAGUAAGGAUUAGAGUUCUAGAAACUACAAAAAGUGUUAUUUUCUUUUCAGACAACCAACUCCGGAGAGUUCGGAAGAAGAGGAGGACGAAUCGGUGGCGGAUGAUGAGGAAGAAGGAUCGGAAGAAGUGGAGGAGGCGUCGGAAGAGGAAGAAGAAGAAGAAGAAGAAGGAGAGGAAGAGGAAGAGGAAGAGGAUGCUGAGAGUGGGGUGGAGACCCCCGCUUCUAGAAGAUCUUCCUCGGCUGGGUAGGUUCUAUGGCUCCAAAAAUUUGUUGUAUGGUAUCUUGACAUUUAGUACCGUGUUUUUAUAGUUGAUAACUUUUUUCUAAAGCCACAUUCUUGAGUAUUGUAGUUCCUGGAAGUUGAGACAACAUUAGAGCUAUGAAAUUGUGUCCUUACUUCCAUGGACUACAGUACUCCAGGUAGUGGUUGUGCAGAAAAAUGAUCAACUACAAAUGUACAGUACUAGAUCCCAAUAUUUGACCCAAACAUUUUGAGACCCAUAUAUCGUCUCCCAAGCCUACAGUACUCCAUUAUUUCAGCUCAACCGAAUCCAAGCACGAUGCCAAGAAGUGA